UUUCCUUCAAUGACAACACAGUCCAUCAAUGGCGACGGAGACACCAACUCCAUCUUCUCCACACCUCUCUCUUCUCGUGGUUCAACCAAACUUGACGCCAUUUCCGUCGAGGAUUACGACCGUGAUCGCCACCUUUAUCCCCGGCUUCGUUCUUCUUCUCACCGAACCCUAAUCAAAUCAGAGUUCUCAAAAUUCAUAGAUCUUGACCAAUACAGCGACGACGAUGACGAUAUCAAGAUCCUCUGUUUCACUCCAGUUGCUAUGGAAAAGGGUCAGUCCUCAUCGUCUUCCUUGUCCACUAGACGUACCUUUGACUGUGAGAUAUGUGUUGAACGCAAACCAAAGAGUGAGUCUUUUCGAAUCAAUGGAUGCUCUCACUCUUACUGUAAUGAUUGUGUCUCAAAGUAUAUAGCUGCAAAGUUACAAGAUAACAUCCUCUCAAUCAAAUGUCCUGUUUCUGGUUGCUCCGGGGUGCUUGAGCCGGAUCAAUGUCGUUUAAUCCUACCGAGAGAGGUCUUUGAUAGGUGGGGAGACGCUCUUUGCGAAGCGGUGAUAAUGGCCGGUUCAACUAGGUUCUACUGUCCGUAUAAGGACUGUUCUGCUUUGGUCUUCUUGGAUGAGAGUGGAGAGAAGAUAAAUGAAUCAGAAUGCCCUCACUGCCAUAGAAUGGUGUGUGUUAAGUGUGGAACUAAGUGGCAUCCGGAUAUAACAUGUGAGGAGUUUCAGAAGUUAGCCGAGAACGAAAGAGGAAGAGAUGAUAUUUUGUUGAAGAAGAUGGCUGAAGGUAAGAAGUGGAGAAGAUGUCCUUCUUGCAAAUUCUACAUUGAAAAAUCUGAGGGUUGCUUAUAUAUGAUGUGCAGAUGUGGUUUGGCUUUUUGCUACAAUUGUGGAACUCCAUCCAAAGACCACUCUCAUUAUUGUUAUAAUUGUAGGCAUUGAUCUCUUAUGAAGUGAAUGAUCAACGUGUCUAGCUAGG